GAUGUCGGAGGCCAGUUUAUUCUGGCCACGGAGCAAGUUAACUUUUUGUGAUUUUACUUUUACAUAUUUAAAAUUUUUACUAAAUACUUAACACGGUUCAUAAAAAGAUGAGUAUGCGUGUUUGAGCGAAUCAGUUUUACAAUAGAUCUAGUCACAGUAUGCAUCUAGGUGUUCUGGCCACUGCAUCUCAUGCCAUUGCAACUGGAACACUGUUUUCUGUGUUUUACAAGCCCAGAACAAGCCGGUCAGAGUUUAUUGCGAGCGUCAACAAGUAUCUGGAAGCUCAGAGUCAUAAACUCUCUGUUGGGAUGAGAUUCAUAAUGAGAUUUGAGGGUGACGAAAUCCCCGAAAGAAGGUUCAGUGGGAAAAUUGUGGGUGUUGGAGAUAAUAAAUCAUCGGUAUGGCCUGAUUCCGAGUGGCGAUCCUUAAAGGUACAAUGGGACGAACCAUCGUCAAUUUUGCGCCCUGAUAGAGUUUCUUCAUGGGAAUUGGAGCCACAUGUCUCUACCACUCCUGCAAACCCGCAGCCAACACAAAGAAACAAGAGGGCACGGCCUCUUAUUGUACCUUCUACAGUGCCCGAUUCUUCUUUGCAAGGCAUGUGGAAAUAUCCCAUUGAAUCUACAACUUUCUCUUGUGAUCCUCAACAUAGACGUGGCCUCUAUCCAUCACCUAAGUUCAAUCCUUCUGCAACUAACUUUAUUGGUUUUAGUGGGAAUAGCUUUGUGGGACCUCCUUCCAACAAAUCAAUAUAUUUAUCUAAUAGGAUGGAAAAUUCCUUGGAAUCAAUUUCACCUAUAGCCCUUAAAGAAGCUGGAGAGAAGAGAAAAGACACUGGUAAUGGCUGUAGACUCUUUGGGAUUCAGCUACUAGAGAAUUCUAAAGCAGAAGGAAGUCUACAAACAGUCAAUUUGUCUGGAAGGCUGGGUGAUGAUAGGUUUGUUCCAUCUUUAGAUGGUGAAUCUGAUCAGCAGUCUGAGCCAUCAAAUGCCAAUCGAUGUGAUAUUCCUUCAGUAAGUUGUGAUGCUGAAAAAUCAUGCCUGUCUCCACAGGAGAUGCAAAGCAAGCAAAUAAGGAGUUGUACGAAGGUAGUAUGGAUUAGGUGGUUUAGCAUUUCUCUUCAACGAUCCAGAAAAAAGUGUACUGUUUUUGAGAUUAUAUAUUUAUUGCCAGAGUAUAGGGCGAUGAUAUUACUCACUUGUGAACUUGUGAAAUGCCAGAGUAUAGGACAAUGAUAUUACUCACUUGUGAACUUGUGAGAAUAAAACAGCUCCUUGAAGAGCUCAAUUUUUGUGAGAUGCAACAAAUGAACAUGUACUGUGUCUGACAACCAGGUAGUUAUUCACAUUACUUCCGAUCGUGUAUUUCAUGAGAGAACCAAUUAUACAGAGAUUGAAUGUCAUUUUAUUCAGAAGAAGUUGUUGUC